CAUUUCUCCAUCCUUUCCCCAAUCCUCACACCCCCUCCCUUGCAGUGCAUAUUGUUCUCGGUUUAAAACCCUGGGCCCUAUAAAUUGUUGCAACAGUUAAUCGUUUGUAUAAGCGUCAGGACGGGUGCAGAUUCGGAUAGCAGCAGGCCAUCAGAGCGAGAGGGUAUCACACAAGGACAACAAUGCUAUGACCGUACCUCCCCCGCGCUGGUGUGGUGGCACGGGGGAGGACAUACGCCAGGGCAGCGGAUCAACCGAGUAAAAUUUCGAUUUUGGACAGGCUGGCGCAAGUGUUGGUCAGCGUACCUAGUAGUGUGGUGUGUGCUGGAGAACUUGGGCGGGGCCCUGUUUUCCCAGCAUGCCACCACGGCCGUCAUCGGGGGAGCUAUGGGGCCUGCACCUCAUGCCCCCUCGCAUCCUGGUGGAUUGCUGUCUGCCGAACGGCAUGCUGGUCAGCCUGGAGUGCCUACGGGAGGCCCCGCUCAUCAGCAUCAAACAGCAGCUCUUCGCUGAAGCGCGCAAAUAUCCUCUCUACCACCUCCUACAGGAGGAGUCGUGUUACAUCUUCGUUGGGGUGACGCAGGAGGCGGAGAGGGAGGAGUUCUAUGAUGAGACGCGGCGACUGUGCGACCUUCGGCUCUUCCACCCCAUUCUCAAGGUCAUUGAGCCACUAGGGAACCGGGAAGAGAAGAUUCUCAACCGGGAGAUCGGCUUUGCAAUAGGCAUGCCCAUUUGUGAAUUUGAGUUGGUAAAGGACCCGGAGGUGCAGGACUUCCGGCGGAGCAUUCUGAGCGUGUGCAGGGAGGCAAUGGAAGAGCGGGAAGGGGGAGGAGCCCACAGCCAGGCCCUCUAUGUGUACCCUCCCAAUGUGGAGUCGUCUGCCGACUUGCCCCAACACAUCUUCUGCAAGCUAGACAAAGGUCGUUUGAUCGUGACCAUCUGGGUGAUCGUGUCGCCCUCCAACGCCAAGCAGAAGUACACCCUGAAGAUCGCCCACGACUGCCUGCCCGAGCAGCUGAUCGCCGAGGCCAUCCGCAAGAAGACGCGCAGCAUGCACCUGUCCGCGCAGCAGCUGCGGCUCUGCGUGCAGGAGUACCAGGGCCAGUACAUCCUCAAGGUGUGCGGCUGCGACGAGUACCUGCUGGAGAAGUACCCGCUCAGCCAGUACAAGUAUAUCCGCAGCUGUAUCACUGUGGGCAGGUUGCCGCAUCUCAUGCUGGUGUCCAAGGACAGUUUGUACAGCCAGCUCCCCGCCAGCGGGUUUGUUGCCCCCUCCUACAGCCGGCGCACCCCCCAGCCCAGCCCCUGCCCUGGAGGAGGGGACCCCAGCGCCCCCCGCUCCCUCUGGGCCUUUAACACUCUCCUGAGGGUCCGGCUGCUCUGCGCCACUUACGUUAACGUCAACAUCAGGGACAUAGACAAGAUCUAUGUGAGAACAGGUAUCUAUCAUGGAGGAGAGCCACUGUGUGACAAUGUCAAUACCCAAAGAGUCCCUUGCUCCAAUCCCAGGUGGAACGAGUGGCUGUCGUAUGACAUCUACCUGACAGACCUGCCCCGCUCCGCCCGCCUCUGUCUGUCCAUCUGCUCUGUGAAAGGCCGGAAGGGGGCCAAAGAGGAGACGCCCUGUGUGGAGCUGGAGUUUUCCUGGUUCAACCAGACGGUGAUCUUCCCCGACGAGCAGCAGAUAGAGGAACAUGCCAACUGGACUAUCUCCAGAGAGCUGGGCUACAACUACUGCCUGGGGCUGAGCAGCCGGCUGGCGUGUGACAGCACCGUGUCGCAGACGGACUCAGAGCAGCUGCGCAGUCUGUGCAGCCGGGACCCUCUGUAUGAGCUCUCAGAGCAAGAGAAGGACUUCCUCUGGAGACACAGGCAUUACUGCGUAAACAUUCCCGAGAGUCUUCCCAAACUGCUCCUAUCGGUCAAGUGGAAUUCCCGAGAUGAGGUGUCCCAGAUGUACUGCCUGCUGAGGGACUGGCCCCUGAUGCAGCCCGAGAGCGCCCUGGAGCUGCUGGACUGUAACUUCCCGGACCCCAUGGUGCGGGAGUUCGCCCUGCGCUGCCUGGUGCAGGGACUGACCGAUGACAAACUCAGCCAGUACCUACUGCAGCUGGUGCAGGUACUGAAGUACGAGAUGUACCUAGACAAUCCUCUAGCAAGAUUCCUCAUCAAGAAGGCACUGACCAACCAGCGGAUCGGACACUUCUUCUUCUGGCAUCUCAAGUCAGAGAUGCACAAUAAGACGGUGUCGCGGCGCUUCGGCCUGCUCUUGGAGGCGUUCUGCCGCGCGUGCGGGAUGUACCUCAAACACCUCAACAGGCAGGUGGAGGCCAUGGACAAGCUGGUCAAUCUGACCGACACCCUCAAGCAGGAGAAGAAGGACGAGACGCAGAAGACGCAGAUGAAGUUCCUGGUGGAGCACAUGUCUCGCCCUGAUUACAUGGAGGCCCUGCAGGGAUUCGUCUCUCCCCUCAACCCUGUCCACCAGCUGGGAAACCUCAGGCUGGAGGAGUGUAGGAUUAUGUCAUCUGCAAAACGGCCCCUGUGGCUGAACUGGGAAAAUCCUGACAUCAUGAGCGAGUUGCUCUUCACCAACAAUGAGGUCAUCUUCAAGAAUGGAGAUGAUCUGCGUCAGGACAUGUUGACUCUUCAAAUUAUCAAGAUCAUGGAGAACAUCUGGCAGAACCAGGGACUGGACCUGCGCAUGCUGCCAUAUGGCUGUCUGUCCAUCGGCGACUGUGUGGGACUGAUCGAGGUGGUGAAGAACUCGCACACCAUCAUGCAGAUCCAGUGUAAGGGUGGCCUGAAGGGGGCGCUGCAGUUCAACAGUAACACGCUGCACCACUGGAUCAAAGACAAGAACCGCGGAGAGAGCUAUGACCGCGCAAUCGAGCUGUUCACACGGUCAUGUGCCGGGUACUGUGUGGCCACAUUCAUCUUGGGGAUCGGAGACCGACACAACAGCAACAUCAUGGUCAAGGAGAACGGACAGCUGUUCCACAUUGACUUUGGGCACUUCCUGGAUCACAAGAAGAAGAAGUUCGGCUACAAGCGAGAGCGCGUGCCCUUCGUCCUCACGCAGGACUUUCUCAUCGUCAUCAGCAAGGGUGUGCAAGAAUGCACAAAGACGAAAGAGUUUGAGAGGUUCCAGGAGAUAUGCUACAAGGCCUACCUGGCCAUCCGCCAACACGCCAGCCUGUUCAUCAACCUGUUCUCCCUCCUGCUGGGCUGCGGCAUGCCCGAGCUGCAGAGCUUCGACGACAUCGCCUACCUGCGCAAGACGCUGGCGCUGGAGAAGAGCCAGCAGGAGGCGCUGGAGUACUUCACCAAGCAGAUGAACGACGCCCACCACGGCGGCUGGACCACCAAGAUGGACUGGAUCUUCCACACCAUCCGCCACAUGCCCAACGAGCACUGAGGCCCGCUGGAGGCCCACUGACUCUCCCACGUGCUGACCAACUCUCUCCACUCGCACAUUUACUGUCACUCCAACACUGACUGAAACUCCCCCGCUAGACUGACACACGGACUUACACAGACUUGAUCCUGCACUGAAAUCCCACGCUGUCUGACAAUCUCACACAGUGACAGUUGCACUGAUAUAUUUAUUCAGUGAUAUUUAUUCUUACACACAGACCGAUUCAUUGAUACACAGGCUGGGGUUCAUCCUUACGCUCACAUUCUAACACCAUUAUAGACUGACACACACACACAACACUUCACCCAGGAAUUUGCACUUUCACAAAUAUAAUUAAGCUCUUAUUUACGUUGUUACUCACAGACUGAUUGCUGUACUGACUGAUAUAGAGGUAUAUGCAGGUCCCACAGGGUUCUUAAAAGCAGCUGUAGUCUGAUACUCUCAUUAUAGGGAUUUUCUUUUGAUUUAGAUUUGAUACACUGACACACUGAUACUCUUACACACAUCAUUAUGAAUGCAUUCUCAAAUACAAACUUCGCCCUCACGUUCUUACACUUUCACAAACUCAGUGACACUCACAAGUGGACUUAUGUUCAGAUUUAAGUACAGACUUAUAUGUGAACAGACUCAAAGACACUCCCAGACAGUAAUGUCUGAUAUCAUUCCUGAUGCACAUGCACUGACUGACAAUUUGCCUGACUGACAAUCAGAUACUGACUGAUAAUCGUACAGUAUAUACUGACCACAGACUCUCACACAUGCUGACUAAGGGUAUAAAAAUGCAACAUACAGAUGUUAUGACUGACAUAAACAGUUAUUCUCCAAGCAAUAUAUUGUAUGGUGCACUGACUGUCAUAAAUGAUGGACUAUGGAUAUCAUUUAAGUGAAGCAUGAACCAUGUGGACAUUCUGAAGCAGACGGAUAAAUUCACUGACAGAGCUAAGCACCAACUGGUAGCAUACCUGCUCCAGCUUGAACUCAUACUCUCACCUAUUCUGUCAUUCCUGUACUGAA